AAAAAAAGUAGCUGAGCAAGCAGCUCACACCUGUCAUCCCAGCACUUAGAAGCCUGAGGCAGGAGGAUAGCCAUGCACUGGAGGCCAGCCUGGUCUACACAGCAAAUACUAAUGCAGCCAGAGCUAUGUAGCAAGACUGUCAGAAAGGAAAAAUAAGCAGUAGAGAGGCACUUAGAAUAAAUGCCCAUCAUUAACUUUAAUGGCAUUUAAAAGUGCUCAACCCUUAACCAAACGCCCCCGGGAGGAUUGGAUUAUUUUAUGUCUCACACACCUAACAGUAGCAGCAGCGCGCUCAGGAUGGAGGAACAGGCCAGCAGCACCGGGUGUGUGAGUCUGGAAGCCUGCCUGAGGUAGCCGGUGAGUGAAGCAGCUCAGAGAACGUCAAGUCAAGACGCCAGGACUAGAUCGGCACUAAGUACGCUGAAGAUGAUCCACAUCUGACAGUAAGGAAAGUAUGGGGUGUGAGUAGAGAAACACCAGUACAAGAGAAGCCUUUCCCUGGCUGUACCUGGCACGCCUGGCAACAGCACUUACAUUCUAAGAUAAUCUACACACUGCUCCGAGACCAUAUUUCGAGGAUGGAGAGGGGACAGGUGAGGAGCCAGUUCCCUUUCUUCAGUGGAAAGGUGGGGAAGAAAGAUGGCUGCAGGCUACCCACCCCCACCAACACCUCCUGUUCUUGUCCUUCCUCCUGAGUCCCCCAGGCUCUUCAGCUGCUGAGUUCAAAUACAGCAGAAGUGAUGCUGCACUGUCCCAGGCCAUGCUGAGUGACAGUGCCAAGCUGUGAGGAAACUUGGGUUCUGAGGCAUCUUAGAGAUCCACCCCCAACCCCCACAAACCACUCCUGCGGUGGCCUAUGGAGGAGACACAAAGCCUCUGUAAGACCCCAUCCAAAUUUCAGGUUUGUGUCAAUUUCUUUAAAAAGUAGUAUUUUGGCUGCUCAGGAAUAGUUCACGACAUAAUAUUAGUGGAAAAUAUCAGUAGAUAACAGCUUAAAACUGGAAAUGAAGAAAUGGUUGUUUUUGUUGUUUUUUCUGAGAGGUGUGGUUUUUUACAAAUAGAACUAUAAAAAUAAUUUUUUAAAACCCAAGUGGAUUGGGGGUGGACUAGGCAAAUAGUUAAAUAGAUAAAGUGCUUUCCACACACAGAAGAUGGGACAGAACUCACACAGAAGCAGUCGGCCCUGGCAGCUGCCUGCAAUCCCAGCACUCAAGAGGCAGAGAUGGAACUCCGGUGACCUGACUAGUUAGACGAGCGGGGAUCCGUGAGCUCUGGGUCUGUAGAGUACAAAGCAACCAGGGAAGGUAUCUGCCAUCAACUUGGGGGCUCCACAUUCAACCAUAUGCUCAUGCACACACAUGCCCAACACAUACACACACACACACACACACACACACACAUACACACACACUAAUAAAUACUGAGAGGGGAAAGUGCCUCUGGGAUGGGAAAUGCAUCUAGGAGCACAGACGUACUCUCCCAUUUUGUUUUAAUAAACCUGCCAGAUCCAUUUGACACUUUACAUCUGUGUAUAAUUUGGAUUUAAAAAACUAAAAGUAGGGAGGAACGCUGUUUAUAUUUAGCCAGAAUGGAUCCACAAUUGGCCUAAAAGCUUUCCUGUACAUUCAGCAAGGAGUGUAUUAAACAAUCCAUUAUUCUAGUAACGAAGAUAAAAUCCCUGCUGACAGGCACCCCGGUAUUCCCAGACCAUUAAAUGCUUCUGUAAAGUCUGCUUAAAGACACAGGCAGCAGGCCUGGUGGCCACACAUCCUGGUUGCUUCAGUAAACCUUGCAGGUUCCUGUGUCUAAGCUGAGGUCUAGGUGUGGAGCUCAGGGUGUAGGGCAGCCCUGAGGCAAUGCAAGCAGACCUCGGAGACCUGAGGAGGUGACACUGUAGGCAACCUGCAGAAGAGCUGGCCAGGGCCGUACAGGAUACCAGCUAAAGGCCUCUGUGGACCAAAAUCACAGACUUGGGGAUUGGUUGGGGUUGGGGUGAAAGGAAUUGACAGAUUAAAGAAUGAACUCCACUCUGGUGGGUGGCAGAACAAAGGUGAUGUUUUGUAUAAAAUGAAGAAAGCUCUAGAGCUAGGGGCAGCUCGAUGACAGAACACCAGCUUAGCAGGUUAAGGAGUUGGGUUCACACCCCAGCACUGCCCCCUUAAAAUGGAAGGUUCUAAAGAGAGGGGUGUUUUGGACCUGACAAGAUGAUCUUGAAUUUGUAUAUAGAUAAAUCCUGUUUAUGACUAAAACCUUAUUGUGGGGCUGGAGAGAAUGGCUCACCCACUUAGGGACACUAGCUGCUCUUCCAGAAGACUCAGGUUUGAGUCCAUAACUCCAGCCCCACAGGGAUCCGAUACCUUCUGGCCUCCUCAGGCACCAGGCACACAGGUACACAUACAGGUAUCCGCAUGAAAAUAGAUUUUUAAAAAUUAACUGUAUCCAGGUCUGUUAGCACAUCCCUGUAGUCCCAGCUGCUCAAGAGGCUGAGGCAGGAGGAUAGCAAGUUCAAGUCUGGCUGUGAAUUAAAGUCCAGCCUCGGCAACUUAGCAAAACCCAGUCUCAAAAUAGAAGUUAUAGGGUGGAAGGUGUCUGGAGCCAUAGCUGAGGAUGGAAUACUGUCAGGGCCUGGUGAAUUCCCCAAGUUCUAUUCUCAUUCCUGAAAAAAAAAAUCAUAAGUGGUCAAUUAAACCUUCAGAUAAGAUAAUCUCUUUGAACCUGCUCUGCCUUUCUAUGAACUUUUAUGAUUAUCAAGGGUUUCUUUCUCAGGUUCGAGUAUAUAAAGUCAUCUUAGGGGAUAAGAUCCAUUUAAGUAAUUUAUUUUACUUAAAAAGGUCAUUGUACUCAAACAGGUUCAUGAACUUCACUGUGCUCACAGUGUUCAUAAAUUGUACAUUGUACAGUUCUGGAAAGCAGUCAGCCAAAUACCAAGAAAAUGAAUGCAGAAGAGGGUGGAAAACAGACUGUCCUUUAGCAGAGUUUACCGUCGUAGAUUUUCCAGCUAACCAGACUGCUGCUGGAGUGAAAUCAUCCUCCUGGUGCUCAUGACACCAAGUCACAGAGAAGUCCCUGAAUGCAGGCAGCACUGGGCACCUGGGACUUUCCAUCCCUCCAUGCAGCAGGCCAUCCAUCAACUCAGAAGGAUGAGUUAGGGGCUGGGGAGGUGACUAAGCAGAUAAGGCACUGUCACACAAGCCUGAUGACCCGAGUUCAAGCCCCAGAACCCACACUGAGAAAAAGGAAGGAGAGAACCAACUGCACAGUUGCCCUCUGACCUCCACAUGCUCCCCAAGGUGUGCACACCGCCACAUCAUACAUAUCGCAAUACUACAUUUUUAAAGGAUGGCUUUGAGCCAUCCCCGCCAGCUGUCUCUGAUGCUGCCACCACUACAGCUAGACAGAAGAGGUCUCCCCUAGUGGGUAAGUGAACAGUCAAGGGUGCCCACAGACAACCGCUUCCGCCAGGCCCACUCCUGAACUCCUAGAUCCUCAUAGGCUCAGAGCCUCUUGCCUUGGCUGAAGCUGCAGAAGGGACUCAGCUGUGCACUGUCUCCUCCCCCAGGGACUAUGGGAUGAGGUAGGGGAAAGGGGACUGUCUCUUGCCUUGGUGCUAAAUCAGUCUCCUUCCUUUUCCCACCCCAGGGCCCAGCAAGUUCCUGCAUGACCCAGGGAUUGACCUAACUGGGGUGAUGAGAUAGGGAAGAAAGGACCUACACACAGCCUCCCUCUACGUCCCCACAGCAGCCCCAGGGCAUAAGCACAGAAGAGCUGGAACUGGCUGGGCUGUGCAUUUACUCUAUACAUACAUCUGAGUCAGGGAGGUGAGUGUAUUGUACACACUGAACAAGGAGGCAGAUUUAGCUCAUCUUUAUAAGAGGUCUCUGUAGGGGAACAGUCAUCCCAGAGGAGGAAGCCUCUAACUUCCACAUAGACUGUUAAAAUUUGCAUUCGGACCAGGGAAAGGCUUUGCCACUCUGUGGGCCUGAGGCAUUGGGAUCCUUGAUAGCUCAGUCCAUGUCAACAACACAUUCACUGGAGGUUUUAACUGCUCCUUACACUUAAGGCUUCUGCUGCUCCCUAUGCAGGGCAGGUGUGGGGAUAUAUUUCUUGCCAGAAAUGGAAUGAUCAAAGCAAGGCCCCACCUCACAGGCUCCAUUAGGACAAAGGGUCACUCCCAGAAUGAGCCACCUCCUUUAACACUGGCCUUGGCUCCCACUUGAAGACCUCCAAGAUUCCAAGGCUUGUUUCUUUGUUCUGAAGCUCAGGGUAUGACCUCCUGUUUCUCCACACACAUACCCCUCCCUUCAGUGCAUACUAAACCUCUAAGAUCUCCCACUACAUCCCCAUAGCAGCUACAAGUCCUUGUCUCUUGCUCAUUCUCAGGUAAGAGAACUUAGGCUUGGAGAGAUAACACUUUGGAAGAUAAUCAGAAAAUGGUGGAAGUGAAUGCGAACUCAGACCCAAAAUGUAUUGCAUUUCUUUAUUAAAUGUUUUUAAUUCUAACUGUGUGCCUGGGUGUUUUGUCUACAUGUGUGUCUGUGCAUAACACUGGUGUGCCUAGUGCCCACAGAAGCCAGAAGAGGAUGCUGGACUUCUUUCUUUCAAUUAGUACUUCUCUAAAUUCAACUAUUCAUGUAUCACUUUAAUGAUUCUUUUUUGCCAUAGCCACAUUGCCUGGGGUCAUAUUUAUUUAAUGUUUUUCAUUAAACAAGCUUAGGUUUUUCCUUGAUAUAAUUAGAAAGGAAAACUUACAGUUACCAAAAAAAUAGAGGGCCAGCUAGGGAGCAAGAGUUGGUAGAGUGUUCACCUAGUAUGCACAAAGCCCUAGCUUCCAUCCACAGUACCCAGAGCUUGAGGGAGGGGAGGCAGGAUCAAGAGUUCAAGAACAUGGCCAAGCAUGGUGGGGCAUGCCUUUAAUCCCAGAGGCAGACGGAUCUAUGUGAGUUCAAGUUCAGCCUGGUCUGCAAAGUGAGUCUUGGACAGCCAGGGCUCUGUUACACAGAGAAAACCUGUAUCAAAAAAUAAAAAGCAAACAACAACAAAAAGAGUUCAAAGUCAUUUCUGGCUAUAUAGCAAGUUUGAGCUCAAGCCCAUUAUGAUGAAGGAGGAGGAAGAAAAAGAGGGAACAAGAGAGGAGAUAAAAGAAGGUGGGGGGAGUAACCAGAACGCAUUGUAUAAAUGCAUGAAAUUGUCAAAGAACGAAGUUAAUUAAAAAGCAGGAAGACCACCAUCACCAGCCCCGAAUAGAAGGCAGCUGCAUAUUCCAAGCCUGCAAAUAGCAGUGAGCCUUUGCCUUGGGGGGGUGGGGCUCUACUUCAAAAGAGAUGGUAAAGUUAACACAAUGUUAAAGGCAUUCAGAGAUUCUUUCCUCGAUAUCAUCAAAGGGGUGGAAAGAGAGACCAAUGAUGCUCCACAGCACAGACCCAUCACUCCUGUGCCUGGGAGGCUGGACCCAAGGGAUCUGUCUCUUGAAGACGUCAUCUCCAUAAUGGCUCAAUGAUAUUUUACACCCUGUGGUUGUAGCUGAACUAGCCCUUUUCACCUAAAAAACCAUCCCUGGACACCACAGUUUGUCCCAUCUUAAAAAAUGCCAGUUGAGAUGGAGAUUGAGAACCUUGGCAUGAGCAGAUGCAUCUGGCCUCAAUCACACUGCCAGCCUGCUCCUUCCUUCCGAGGCAGCUCAUGCUGAGGAGGGCUGGCUAGCCCAACAGUGGUGCAGGGCUGAAGAUCAUGACUCACCCUCUCCCAGAGUUCACAGCAAGAGGUGUUGAGCCCAGUAAGUCCCUCCUCCAGCCAUGACUAAUUGUUAACAGUGUCUAUCUUCUGAUGGUCUUGGCAGGUAACUUCAGCUCCUGUGAGUUUAUGGUUGUGAUGACUGUGGCAUCACCAAAGAAUGGCAUUUCCAAGUCCUCUCUGCCUUCUGGCUUGUAUUCUUUCUUCUUCUUCCUCCACCUUGUCCCCCUUGCCUUAGAAGAAUGGUAUUCAUGUCUUGUUUAGGGCUGACCACUCAGUGUCUGGGCCUCAAAUGCAGCCUCAAAUGCAGUCUUUGGUUAGUUGCUCCCAUAACAAGUAGACAUGUCUGGAAGGCCUUUCUUUUUAAGAUUUAUUUAUUUUAUUUAUAUGAGUACGCUGUAGCUGCACACCGUAAGAGGACUUCAGAUCCCAGAUGGUUGUUAGCUACCAUGUGUUUGCUAGGAAUUGAACUCAGGACCUCUGGAAGAGCAGCCAGUGCUUUUAACCGCUGAGCUAUCUCUCCAGCUCUACCUGGCAGGUCUUAUCUAGCUCUGGUAGGUAUCCAAGCAGAUGGUAAGAAGAGCCUGUACUGUUUUGGAUGUCACUGGAGCAUCCCUGAUCAAUGACUGACAUGAAAGUGCUCCAAACCUCAUUCUGGGAUUUUUGUUUAGUAACCCACAGCUUCUAGGAACAGUGUUAUCCAGCUACGAAGGGGAUCUCUCCAUAUACUCUGUGUGUGUGUGUGUGUGUGUGUGUGUGUGUGUGUGUGUGUGUGUGUAUGUGUGUGUGUGUGUGUGUGUGCGCUCGCGCACGCAAUUGUGCUACAAUAUAGUAAGUUUACACACUUGUUUUGGUUAACCACCCCCACCCCAUCCCUGCCUUCCCACUUCUUUCUCUAAUUAAAUCUUUCCACUCCAAAGAGCAUUACUGAUAUUGCAGAGAACAUGGGUUUGAUUCCCAGAAUCCACUUGGCAGCUUACAGCCAUAAUAACACCAGUUCUAGGGAAUCCAGUAGCCCCCUCUGGCCUCUACCUAUACCAGACACACACACCAUACACUUAGAUAAAUGCAGGCAAAACAUUUGUACACAUAAACUAAAAACAAAUCUUAAGAAACAAAAUCCUUUCCACUCAAAGUAUUCGCCCUCUCUGCUUCCACUUUAUCUUUGUCUUGCUAUCCCCUCUCCCUUAAGGGGGUGUGCAUGCACACUUGCACACACACACACACACACACAGAGAGAGAGAGAGAGAGAGAGAGAGAGAGAGAGAGAGAGAGAGAGAGAGAGAGAGAGGAGACUCCUAGCUUCCUGGCUUCCACAAGCACUCCAAGGUAAGCACACAUAAUAAAGAAUGAAAGCUAAGAGCCAUGUGUAAGAAUGUAAUAGCAUCUGUCUUCUUUCUGUACCUGAGUAACACUACAUAUUUUUUUCCAGUUUCAUAUGUUUGCCUAUGAAUAAAAUUCGUAAGUAUAUAUGCUCCAUUAAAAAAACAAAACAAAACAAAACAUUUCAGGAUAGCCAGGGCUACCCAGAGAAACUGUCUUAAAAAUAAACAAACAGCUACCAAAUCCACGAGCAGUCCAACCAAUGCUGAAACCCUGGUUUUGCAGACUUCUGGGGUUUUAAUCAUCUUAAUCUGUUUCUCUUUCUUUUCAUCUUUUCACUUCUUUCCUGCCUUCAUCAGCUCCAGAGCCUUUCUCACCACAGAUGUCAGCGUUAUCCUCCUCACCUCUCCCUUCCCACUGCAGUCCUUGUCCUCAAGCUCUCUUACCCUUCUCAGGUUCCCCCUCACCUUAUCACCACAUCACCCUUCUGCAGCCCAGCCAGGACCUUCCUGUCCUCUCAAAGUCAGUGGGGGAGGGGCUUAAAGGUGCUCAGGUUAGUCUUAGUUACACAGAGAUGGGCUUUUCGACAUCUGGUCUCUUUCAAAAACUCCAAGCUACUAUUCUCUGUUUCACUGUAAGUUCAGAUGUGGGAGAUUCUCAAAUUUUGCUGUUAACCUGUCCAGACCCUUCAAAACUCCUACUGCCUCUGAGCUCAAGCUUUUUCAAUUCAGCUAAUGGGAAGUUUUGGAACUGAAAUUAAGCCUACACUUAACAAAAGAAGGAACUCUUCAUUCACAGUCAGCCACUAACCUUUCAGCUUCCCGUCACUUGAUUUGAACUGUCUAGACCAAGUCCUGGGAGAGUUGCUUAGAUCCUGCCUUAUGGUAGAUUCCCUUCUCCAUGUUCAUGUUUUCCUCAUCACUUCUCUUCAGAUUUAAUUUUCCUUGAGGCAAGAGUGGAGAAGGGAGAGAUGUACUAGCUAGGCUCCUGCCUCACACACUUACCACUUAGCUCCACUCUCAGAAUUUCUCUUCCCAAAGACAUAGAGAUGAACUCACAUCCAACCCUGUCUUAGAUACCUUUCUAUUGCUAUAAGGUAGACAUGACCACGGCAACUUGUGAAAAAAAAAACAUUUAAUUUGGGGUUCACAGUUUCAGAGGUUGAGUCUGUGACCAUCGUGGUGGGAGCAUAUUGGGAGGCAGGCAUGGUGGACAGGCAGUCAUGCUAUGGCUCUGGAACAGUAGCUAAGCACUUAGAUACUGACUGAAAGCUCAAAGCCCACCCCUGGUGACACACCUCCUCCAACAGGUCCACACCUCUUAAUCCUUCCCAAACAGUUCCACAAGUAUUCAAAUAUAUGAGCCUGUAGGGCCCAUUCUCAUUAAAUCACAACAAACCCCCUGUGGCCCUACUAGGGGCAUCAGAUAGGAUCUGUGGAAAAGUUAUAAACCCUUUACCACGGGGUUGGGGAUUUAGCUCAGUGGUAGAGCGCUUGCCUAGGAAGCCCAAGGCCCUGGGUUCGGUCCCCAGCUCCGAAAAAAGAACCAAAAAAAAAAAAAAAAAAAAAACCCUUUACCACCACUCUGGGUUCCAACAACCCAAGACCACCAUUUUCUACUCUUGCUGAACUGACACCACCCAGAGUCUCUCAGCCACAGCCUAGAAUGAGGGAACCCUUCUGUCUCUUUUCAUUAACUUUGUAUUCUUCCUUCAUGCUAUUGCCCAUAGAUGGAAAGAUUCACCCCCUCCACUGUCAAGCAACACAUACAUUGACAAGCCACAUCACUCCCCUGAAUAUUACUUCUGCUCUGAAGCCAGGUCAAGCAAAAGGUAUUGAUCACUGAAGACUGUCAGCUACUAACUUAUACAGGAAUUUAUUGACUUAAAAGAUAAGGUCCAACAGUAGCUGUCUGCUUACUACUGGGAACCAGUAGCUGCUUAGCCCAUGGGGCCGGAACCUCAGCAGUCCCAAUGUGGUCCUGAGGAGAACCCAUUCCAACAGAAGCAGCAGAGGUAGCAACAGGAUAGCUGGACUCACAAACAGUACUCAUGAACUCAAGAAUAGAAGAGAAGAACUUGUAAACAGGGUACGUGAGCUCACAGCUGAGCUGUGAAGGCAAGCAGGUAAAAAGUAAGAGCUUUACCUCAGACCUUCAGUCUGGGCCAUCUACACUUAGAUGGUUUUUCCAUCUCAUUUACUAUGAGCAAGCGAAUCCCUCUUAGGCAACAGAGGUUAACCUAAUCGACAUAACCCCUCGCAGGUGUACCCAGAGCUUGCCACAUGAUACUAGAUCCUGUCAGGUUGAAAAUGUUAACCAUCUCAAGGGUCAUACACAUUCCAAAAGGGCACAGUAGUAGCUAUUCUUGGUUGUCAACUACGUCUGGAAUUGACUAAAACCUGAGUGGCUGGAUAUGCCUGUGAGGGCUAUUCGUAAUUAAGUCAUCUGAAGUGGGAAGACCCACUUUUAAUCCAGAUCUUCUAAGGUGGGAAGAUCCACUUUAAUCUAAAGUCAGUCUAUUUAAAUGACAUGGAAGGAAGAAGUUUGCUCUCUUUGUCUGCUAGCUCUUGUUGGCAGGUCCAUCCCUUCACUGAAGCAAAGCCUGUAAGACAUUGUUGUUUGUUUGUUGGGACAGGGUUUCCUGUGUAGCCCAAGCUAUCCUGGGACUCACUUUGUUAGACCAGGCUGGCCUUCAACUCCAGGUCUUCAGAUCCAAGUGUCUAUGUCUCCAAAGUGCUGGGAUCCACCACCUGGCUCUAUGAGUCAUUCUAAUAAAUCGUGUGUGUGUGUGUGUGUGUGUGUGUGUGUGUGUGUGUGUGUGUGUGUGUGUGUGUGUAUACACACAUGUGUAUGUAUACACAUAGGAAGGAGAAAGAGAUUCAUUCUACAAGUUCUGUCCCUCUGAGAACCCUGACUAAUAAAGCUACUGACUGCUUUAGUAACCUUUUUGUUCUCUUUUGGGGUCACACACACAAAUAAGUGAACCACUACAAUGGGCAACAUUCUUCUAUGCCUGCUGGCUGCCCUGGGGCUGUUUCGUCCACCCUUGUGUAGGGAGUCUUUUGCUCUCAAGUGCUGGCAUCUGACCUGUGCCCUUUUAGAUCUGUUGCUAAUUUGGUCUCUGCACUGGGCAGUCCGAAGGAAGCCGGGGCUCCAAGUAAAGACUUCAGUGAUCUUCCCUCAUGGCAAAAAAUGUGUGCUCUGUUAUUGGAAGAAAUGUCCUUGGCCUAAGCAAGCUCUGAUUUAAUCUAACUAUAUUAUGUGCUCUUUUAAUCUACUACUCCAGGUCCCUGAGCAUUGCUGUACUCGGUCAUGUGUCCUCUUGACAUUAAUCUGGCUCAUUCCAUGUUGAUGAAGGCUGACAGUGUGAAGUGGGUGGCAACAGCUCGUUGUCUACAUGAGUGUUCCUGGACUCCAACAAAAACGAAUGCUCCUCCAGUCUACUCUGGGUGACUCUACGGGACGAGAGUCUUACCAGAUGUCAGAGUAUCUGACUCCUUGAAAGCUGAUGGCCUCACAGGUAGUCUCAACAGGGGUCAAUGCUCUUUCUGGUGGAAUGAACUCCAGCUCCUUACAAGAGGCACCAAGGGCGUGCUCACCAUGCCUCUUGACCUGUCCACACUGCUUGGUAUUGAAGCUUUCUAAGGCAUAUAAAGUGAGAUGUCUGGCCUACUAGUGACCCUCUAGGAAGGAAUUUCCACUAAGCAGGACAUCUUACUGCCCUGAACACUUUCUUAACAUUGACUCUCGCUUGUCCACCAAAAGAAGCCUUUGAGCCAUAUGUCGUAGCACUUACCUGUAAUCCCAUAUUUGGGAGGUAGGUGAAGGGGGAUAGGGAGUUCUAGAUUAUCCUUGACUAUGUAGCAAGUUCAUGUUUGAGGUUAGCCUCGGCUGCAUGAGACCCUUGCCUCCCAGGAAACAAGCAAGCAAACAAACCACAGGCAAAUUUCCCCAAGCUCAAACUCAGCCUUUCCCCUGUGCUUGCCUUCUUCCCAACCACCUCUUCCUCCUCACCUCCAUUAGCCCCAUGCUUAAAGAUGCUACUAAAAAUGUCUUUUAGUAAACUCCAAUUCUGCUACAUUUAAAGAAAAGAAAAAAAAAAAAACGAUGAGCCCCACGAGCAACACUCCACCGUCCCUGGGUGCUGGCUGGGGUUGUUUGGGUGCGGCCUUGGUACAGCCUUGGCCUGGAAUGUCACCUCACACAGAAGAAGAGCCCUGGGUCCCUGACUGACUGACAGUCCACAAGCAGAGUUUUCUUCAUUUCCCUGGGUCUUAGCAGGCCUUCGUCUUCAAGGUUCUCCUUACCCUCUCUUCUGCUCUUCCUUUCUCCCUUUUUUUUUUUUCUUUUUUGUCCCUUCAUGGGAAAAAGUAUAUUUAUAAACCCCAAUUUAAGACAUAAAUAAAAAAGCAAAAACAAUAAGCCUCUAAUCAAAUGAGGCCUAAAUGAGCACUGGAAGACUUGUACCUAUCUCUACUGAAGUUAAUAAUUUACUCCGUGUCUCUCUGUGCAUGCUUGGCUUCCACAGAGGAUCUUUAACAUGGGAUGCAACUUCUUCAGAGACCUUCAGCUCCCAGGAGGCAUGUGGACAUCAUGGGGGCUGAGGAGGGGCAGGUAGAUGCUGUCGAGCCAAUGGAAUACCUGGGGUUCCAGGUCAAACCUGUGACUCAUGAAGUAAGGAGGUAUGAGGGGGGCUGCUAUGGGCAUCGAUUAUUUAAUAAUCGAUAAAUUAUUUAAUAAAGCAGUUCCUUCUUUUGAAACAAUUUUAAAUUGUUAUUUUAAAAACUAUAUGAAAUAAAGUUUAUCAUCUAAAUGAGGUAGGGGUGCCUUCAGUCUCAGCACAUAGGAGGUAGAGGCAGAAAGAUCAGGGCUGAAAGGUCAGCCUACAUGAGACCCUGUCUCAAAAAGACCAAGUAAUUACUAAUAAUAAUUAAUAAUAAUAAUAUAGCAGUAGCACUAUUUGGUUACUGGGGAUACAGCAGUAUAACACUUACCCAAAAGGCCCUAAAUUCAAUGCUGAGAACAGCCAAAAAUAAAAAGUAAUGUGUUGUUCUCCCCACCCCACCCCCUUUUUUUUAAAGAGUCUCACUAUGUAGUCCUGACUGGUCUGCAAUGUACUAUGUAGCUGAGGCUGGCCUCAUACUCAAAAGAGAUUAGCCUGCCACUGCCUCUUGAGUGCUAGAAUUAAAGGUGUGCCCAGGCAUACUUGGUCUUGUUUGGCUUUUGAGACAAGGCCUCAUUAAGUCCCACCUGGCCUCAAACUCUCCGUGUAGUCAAUGAUAAUCUUGAAUUUACACUGGAAAAUGGAAGCAGUCUGGAAAGUAACUAGACAGGGCAUAUGUAUAUGCAGCACAGGAUGACCAGGUAGCUUGCCUUGGCCUACAGAGUGCUGGGACUAAAGGGGUAUCCCACUGGUGACUGCCUCUAUUUAAAGGUUGGACAACAUUCCAUUGAGCCCGUGGACCAUCUUUCUCUGAGCCACUCAUCCAUCAAUGGGUACAUGGCUUGACCCCACACCUCUUGGCCACUGGGGAUAAUAUUGAACCCAGUGCAUUCUUCUCAAAAUAUACUCUGAGGUGGAAUCACUGGAUCCCAGAGAUCCUUUGAGCCUAACCUAACCCCCUCCCCCAGGCUACAGAAAGCUCAUAGUUUCUGUUGGUUGGUUGGUUUGCCCCUGACUCCUGUCCCUCACCCAGCCUGGGUUUCUCUCUGUGGCUCUCUGAAUGUCUUCAAACUCACUCUGUAAACCAGGCUGACCCUGAUCUCCUAGCUCUGCCUGCCUCUGCCUCCCUAGUGCUGGGAUUAAAGGCAUGCACCAUCUGUUUCUUAUCCUAAACUACACCUAUAGAUGUGCUAAGGUUUGUACAGACAUCCCUUCACCGCCUAUGAGAAUAAGGAUCAGGAGUAAACCCUGCCUGCUUCUCAGGAAGAUUCAGGUUUGCCUCAGGGUAUUGCAACCACUCAACCUGGCAUGUUCUGGCCAUCAUCCUUAUGAAUGGACCCUCAAAGACAAGGCUCUCCCAGCCUGCCCUAAUAACUUGAGACACCAAACAGGUCAUGAACCAAUGGUGCCCCGAUAUUUCCUAGGCAAUAGUCAUCCCAGGACUCCAGGUCUUGGUACCCCACUGACUCCCCCCAAAGCCAGGCAAGAGGAUAGAGCACAGCACUGAAGCCACUUUGUGACCUUGUUCCCACGUCAGUGGGCUCAUGAUGUCAGAAGGCCAAAUCCAGACCCUGCACCAGGCUACGUGUUUCCAGCUCCACCCCAGAGUGUAUCCCAGUCCAGCUGUCUCUUUGGAACAGGAGUGACAGAUAGGUCCUGACGACAAGAGCAGAAAGUGGUCCGUGCAGCACAGGACACAAAUCCUCACCCUGGGAAAAGCAGCUUCCAACCUCACCCCCCCCCCAAUCCCCCAGAGGCUGGCCUAGCCACACCCUGCCACUUCUCUCCAGGCAGCAGGGCUUCCUUUCCAGAGCAGGAGGGGUGGGGUUGGGGAGGAGCCUGGGAAUUAGGGACAGACACUGAGCUUUUCAAGCAAGAACUGUUCCCCAUCUACUGCCAUCCCUCCACUAGCCCCAGCUAUGCAGGGAGCCUGGGUGCUGCUGCUGCUGCUGCUGGGCCUCAGGCUACAAUUGUCCUUUGGUGUCAUUCCAGUGGAGGAAGAGAACCCAGCAUUCUGGAACCAGAAGGCAAAGGAGGCCCUAGAUGUUGCCAAGAAGCUGAAGCCCAUUCGGACAUCAGCCAAGAACCUCAUUAUCUUCUUAGGGGAUGGGAUGGGGGUGCCCACAGUGACAGCCACCAGGAUACUAAAGGGACAACUGGGUGGUCAUCUAGGACCUGAGACACCCCUGGCCAUGGACCACUUCCCAUUCACGGCUCUGUCCAAGACAUACAACGUGGACAGACAGGUCCCAGACAGUGCAGGCACAGCCACCGCCUAUCUCUGUGGGGUCAAAGCCAACUACAAGACCAUCGGUGUGAGCGCGGCUGCUCGAUUCAACCAGUGCAACAGCACAUUUGGCAACGAGGUCUUCUCAGUGAUGCACCGUGCAAAGAAAGCAGGGAAGUCUGUGGGAGUGGUGACCACCACGUCGGUACAGCAUGCCUCUCCAGCCGGCACCUACGCACACACAGUGAACUGUGACUGGUACUCAGAUGCACACAUGGCCACUGCUGCACUACAGGAGGGCUGCAAGGACAUCGCCAUGCAGCUCAUCUCCAACAUGGACAUUGAUGUGAUCCUUGGUGGGGGCCGCAAGUUCAUGUUUCCCAAGGGGACACCAGACCCUGAGUAUUCUGGCAACAGAGCUCAGUCUGGAACCAGGCUGGAUGGACAGAAUCUGGUGCAGAAGUGGCUGGCAAAGCACCAGGGCGCCCGGUAUGUUUGGAACCGCACAGAGCUCAUCCAGGCCUCCCAGGACUCAGCAGUGACUCACCUCAUGGGCCUCUUUGAACCUAACGACAUGAAAUAUGACAUCUACCGAGACCCUACUCAGGAUCCCUCCCUGGCCGAGAUGACAGAGGUGGCAGUACACCUGCUCAGUAGGAACCCCAAAGGCUUCUAUCUCUUUGUGGAAGGGGGCCACAUCGACCAUGGCCACCAUGAAUCUAUAGCCUAUCGUGCACUGACUGAGGCUGUCAUGUUCGACUCAGCUGUUGACAAGGCAAACAAGCUCACCAGUGAGAAGGACACGAUGAUCCUUGUCACUGCUGACCACUCUCAUGUCUUCUCUUUCGGUGGCUAUGUACCUCGAGGGACCUCUAUCUUUGGACUGGGGGCCUCCUUCAAUGCACUGGAUGGCAGACCUUUCACCUCAAUCCUAUAUGGCAACGGUCCUGGCUAUAAACUUGAGAAAGGUACCCGGCCAGAUGUCACUGACAAAGAGAGUCGUAAGUUCUGUGUAGUGACCCCAAGUACCGGCAGCAAGCAGCUGUACCUCUGUCGUCAGAGACCCACAGUGGGGAGGACGUGGCCAUAUUCGCGCGUGGCCCUCAGGCGCACCUGGUGCACGGAGUGCAGGAACAGAACUACAUCGCUCACGUCAUGGCCUUCGCAGGCUGCCUGGAGCCCUACACCGACUGCGGCCUUGCGCCCCCUGCUGGUCGGAGCAGUGCAGUGAGCCCAGGCUACAUCUCGACCUUGUUGUGCCUUUUGGCAGGGACAAUGUUGAUGCUGUUGGUGUCAGCUGAACCCUGACUACCUGAGCUUACUGGACUCUACUACACUGUCCCACAGCUGCCCCUGUGUUCCUGGCUGUGGUGGUUUGAAUAUGGUUGGCCCAGGGAGUGGCACUAUUAGGAGGUAUGGCCUUGUAGAAGGAAGUGUGUCACCAUGAGGGUGGGCAAUGAGAUCCUCUUCCUAACCACAUGGCAGCUGAUCUAGCAGCCUUCAAGUGAAGAUGUAGAACUCUCAGCUCUACCUGCUCCAUGCCUGUCUGGAUGCUGCCAUGCUCCCACCAUGAUGAUAAUGGACUGAACCUCUGAACCUGUAAGCCGGCCCCAAUUAAAUGUUGUCCUUAUAA